CCCGCGGCGCCCGCUUCCAAGAUGGCGGCGGCGAUGCCUGCCAGGCAGUCCGGGUGGCGGUGACGACGGGAAGCUGGAGAGCAGCUGGCCCCAGGAUCGCUGUUGGAGUGUUGGAUGGAGCCCUUCUCUGUCCUCUGUGACAUUUCCAAUUUUAGAUAAUGCCUCACAUCUCUGCCCCGCCGGGACCCCCCGAAGCUCCCAUGAUCCCGAAGAAGACAGCUUGAACCUAGACCUCACCCCAGGAUGUUGCGGAGGCUGCUGGAGCGGCCCUGCACACUGGCCCUGCUUGUGGGCUCCCAGCUGGCUGUCAUGAUGUACCUGUCCCUGGGGGGCUUCCGAAGCCUCAGUGCCCUAUUUGGCCGAGAGCAGGGGCCGACAUUUGACUAUUCUCAUCCCCAUGAUGUCUACAGUAACCUCAGUCACCUACCUGGGGCCCCUGUUGCCCCAGGGGGUCCUCCAGCUCCUCAAGGUCUGCCCUACUGUCCAGAACGAUCUCCUCUCUUAGUGGGUCCUGUGUCCGUGUCCUUUAGCCCAGUGCCGUCCCUGGCGGAGAUUGUGGAGAGGAAUCCCCGGGUGGAGCCGGGGGGUCGGUACCGCCCCGCAGGGUGUGAGCCCCGCUCCCGAACCGCCAUCAUUGUGCCCCACCGUGCCCGGGAGCACCACCUGCGCCUGCUUCUGUACCACCUGCACCCCUUCCUGCAGCGCCAGCAGCUCGCCUACGGCAUCUACGUCAUCCACCAGGCUGGCAAUGGGACCUUUAACAGGGCCAAGCUGCUGAACGUUGGGGUGCGGGAGGCCCUGCGUGACGAGGAAUGGGACUGCCUGUUCCUGCACGACGUGGACCUGCUGCCCGAGAACGACCACAAUCUGUAUGUGUGUGACCCCCGGGGACCCCGGCACGUCGCCGUCGCCAUGAACAAGUUCGGAUACAGCCUCCCGUACCCCCAGUACUUUGGAGGAGUCUCGGCGCUCACUCCUGACCAGUACCUGAAGAUGAAUGGCUUCCCCAAUGAAUACUGGGGCUGGGGCGGUGAGGAUGACGACAUUGCUACCAGGGUGCGUCUGGCUGGGAUGAAGAUCUCGCGCCCCCCGACAUCCGUGGGGCACUAUAAGAUGGUGAAGCACCGAGGAGACAAGGGAAAUGAGGAAAACCCCCACAGGCACCGCGUGCCUAUCUUUGCGACCUGCCCCCCUGCCGCCUCGUGCCUGUAGGUGACAGGACAACCACAUCCAGCCAAGCUCCAGCAACUUUUAUUCUCGUGGGUCAAGAACUGCCACCAGCGGGGCCAGGAGGAGGUGGGAGUUGGGGAUCAGCUGUCCGGUUCCGAGCCCAGGACCCGGGCUGCUGCCUGGCGUCCGCUCUCUAUACAGUCGUUGACUGCAACCCCCUCAUAGGAGGCUCCGGCCAGAGUCAAGGGCAGCCUCUGCGAAGCCAAGAAUUGCGUAGCUGCCUCUGGAAAGAAAAGAUGAAAGGACGGUUAGAGCUGGGGGUCUGGUCUCCUUGCCCUCCUCGGCACACUCGCUCUCCCAACUCACCCAGUUUUUGCCAGUGGCCUAGUGUAUACUGGGGGAUGCAGUUCUGGGGAGAGAAGAGGGGAUACGGGGAAAUUUUUGCUGCUGAUGUCCAAGCCCAGGUAGACGGUGACAAAUCCACCGCUUCCUGCCUUCGGUGGGAGUCGAGGAGCGUUUGCUCAACUCACCUUGUGUAGAUGGACCAAGCAGUGACUGGGUGGCUCUUUCAGUCCCAACUGGGUGGCAGCUGCUUCCUGGGCCUGUUGUUGGAGCAGCUCCUGAGAGAAGACGGCGCCCCUGGCUUCCAGCGUCUGUAACCAGGACCCUCCCAGCAUCACCUAGGGAGAGGAUAUGGCACUGAGCAGCCUGGCCUGACCUGCGCUGGGCACGGAGGAGCCCCCUGGAAACCCCCGCCGAGCAAAGCUGUCGCUUCUCACAGUCACUCGGAGGCCAGGGGGGCUUCCGUCCUGCUCAGGGAAAGCAACCGAGUCAUACACAAUUCCCAGGACGCCCGGGUCUUCUGAGGAUGGCACCAAAUGUCCGAAUCCCUGGGGCGAGGAGAAGGCCGGGUCAGGAAGGAGAGGCUCUGGUUGAGCCCGUGCCUCUCGUUCCUCUGUGUCACAGCUACCUGCACAGGCAGACGGGCUCCUCGGUACUGCAGGUUCACCACAGCCACAGACACCGCGGUGAUGGCGCUCAGGGCCCGGGCCAGAGGCGCAGCCUCCGCGGGGAGCAGCUUGCCGAGCACUGGGGGGAGAGCAGGCGGGGGCCCGCGUCAGGAGGCCUUCCCACCAGUCUCGCCCACCCUCCCCGGGGCUAGACCCCCACAGGGAUGACCAGUUCGGGGGCACGGGAUGGUCCCGUGGGUCCCGGAAGCUAAACUUUGCCUCACUCCCGCCGGGGAAGGGGACGGUGGCUACCUCGUUACCUGAAGCUGGAACAGCACUAAUAACGUGGUCAGCGUCCAGACUGCUGUCCCCUAGAGACACCUGACGGGACGAAAACAUUUGAGGGACAGAGAGAACGGGAACGUUGCCCCACUUUCCCAGGCCCCAAACGGGCAGGAGAGACUGAGUGCUGACCCAGGACGAAGAGACUGUGCGAUCAGCACAGAACCCCCGCCCCCCCUCCCCCCACCCCGUUACUCCGGGAAGCAGACCAGACAAGCCAGUGUGGCCUCUGAGAUGUGUAAUGGAGCUGGGCUGGCCCUUCCCCUAUCUAAGCCACUUACAAGCACUACUUCUGUCUAGAGUUGGAUCAAGCAGAUCUCGGAGGAAGCUCUACAAACAAAGUCUAAGACCCUGG